AUGAGAAAGGAAAGCAGGCUCAAUGACAUGAUGCAAUCUCUUGAAUAUUUUAAGAAGAAGCAAACUGAUGAUCCAAUGUUCUACUUUGAUUUCAAAGUGGACAAGAAAACAAAUACAAUGGAGAACAUUUUCUGGUGUGAUGCUACAUCUAGAAGAAUGUAUGAGCUAUAUGGUGAUUGUAUCAGUUUCGACACCACAUUCAAGACAAACAGAUAUAACAUGCCGUUUGCUCCUUUUGUCGGAGUAACGGGACAUGGCGACAACUGUCUAUUUGGUUGUGCGAUCCUUCAGAAUGAAAGUGCUGAAACUUUUGAGUGGUUAUUUCGAACUUUCUUGAAAUGCAUGGGUGGAAAGUGUCCGAAGACCAUAAUUACUGAUCAAGAUGCAGCUAUGGCCAAAGCAAUUCCUGCAGUUUUCCUAGAUGCUAUACACAGGAAUUGCCUUUUCCAUGUUGUAAAGAAAGCUGAAGCGAAACAUCCAAGAAGCUUUGGAAAGAUACCUAAUUUACACAAUGAAUUCAAGGACACUAUUCAUUUUCCAUUGACAGUAGCAGAGUUUGAAUCUUCAUGGCAAGAAAUGAUAGAAAAAUAUGGAGUGAGCAACCUCAAGUACUUGAAAACUAUGUGGGAGAAUAGGGCGAAGUUUGUACCUGUAUUCUUCAAGAAUAACUUCUUCCCGUUCAUUCACAGCACAGCUAGGAGUGAAGGCACCAAUGCUAUUUUCAAAGACAAUGUUUGCUCUACAUACAGUGUCAGCAGCUUCUUGAUUGAGUAUGACAAGAUUGCAGAAAAUAUAGAAGAAAAUGACAAACAUGAAGAUUCGAUCACUAGGACAACAACACCUAGCUAUUGGUGUGGAAAUGAUAUGGAAGUGCAUGCUGGAAAAAAGUACAAUCGUAAAAUAUUUUACAGGUUUCAGAAGCAGCUGAAAUUUACUGCUUAUCUACAUGUUCAAGAGGUUGAUCCAAACAAAAAAUAUGAAGUGUUCAAAUCUGGCCUGGCUGCAGCUAGAGAUUACAGGACAAGGAGAUACUUAGUUAUUGUUGAUUUAACAAGUGAUGAUUUCAAUUGCAUUUGUUCCAAGUUCAACAAGGAUGGAAUUUUAUGUUCUCAUGUUCUCAAGGUUCUUGUCCAUCUAAACAUUGUGCACAUUCCAGAUAAGUAUUUCAUUGCUAGAUGGAUGCCUAGAGAGAAGAAAGAUAUAAGGGAUUUGAGAUACAAUGUACCUUUGGAGAUGACUGGAGACUGCAGCCAAAUGAGAUUCAAUGUGCUAUCCAAAGUUUGCAUCAAUAUAGCAUCUGAUGGAUCAAAAAGUAAUGAGAAAUAUUUGUUUGUCACUCAAGAGGUUAAGAAGAUUGCAGAGAAACUAGAUGCAAUGACAUUAGCUGAGGACAAAGCAAACGAAGUUGAUCCAAAAGAGAAAAGUAAGGAGCAAGUUGUCGAAACUGAAUAUGGUUACUUAAACGACCCCAAGGUUGUAAAGUCCAAGGGGAGGCCAACUGUUUUGGGAAAGAACAAGUUAGACAGAAGAUACAUGACAUUUGCAGAAUAG